AUGUAUAAGAAACUUCAAUAUUCAUGCUUAGGUUGGAGCUUCAAGUUUUCCAUGAUGAAAAGUCUUGUUUUGUGUUUCCUUAUGCUGUUGAAUAUUGCAAAUUCUUCGUAUGCAAGUUUGUUAUUGAACAAAACAGAAGAAGUAAUCAUCUUUAGAGAGCAACACAGAAGAAUUAUGAUUGAUAAUGGACUUGGCCAAACACCUCCUAUGGGAUGGAAUAGUUGGAACCAUUUUCAAUGUGAUGUUAGUGAAGACUUAAUCAAAGAAACAGCUAAUGCUAUGGUGUCAACCGGCCUUGUUGAUCUAGGUUACAAAUAUAUCAAUAUUGAUGAUUGUUGGGGUGAACUUAAUCGAGACUCAAAGGGUAAUUUGGUUGCAAAAUCAUCAACAUUCCCUUCAGGAAUUAAGGCUCUAGCUGAUUAUGUACAUAGCAAAGGUCUCAAAUUAGGGAUCUAUUCAGAUGCAGGAAAUCAAACUUGCAGUAAAAAAAUGCCUGGAUCACUAGGGCAUGAAGUGCAAGAUGCAAAAACAUUUGCUUCCUGGGGAAUUGAUUACUUGAAGUAUGAUAAUUGUGAGAAUAAUAAUAUAGACCCCAAAGAAAGGUACCCGGCGAUGAGUGAAGCUUUGUUGAAAUCUGGAAGACCAAUCUUCUUCUCUUUGUGUGAAUGGGGAUCUGAAGACCCGGCAACAUGGGCAAAAAGUGUGGGAAAUAGUUGGAGAACAACCGGAGAUAUUAAAGAUAAAUGGGAUAGUAUGAUAUCUCGCGCAGAUUUAAAUGACAAAUGGGCUUCUUACGCUGGACCUGGAGGAUGGAAUGAUCCUGACAUGCUUGAAGUUGGAAAUGGAGGUAUGACAACCGAAGAAUAUCGUGCCCAUUUCAGCAUAUGGGCAUUAGCUAAGGCUCCUUUAUUGAUCGGUUGUGACAUUCGAGCGCUAGAUGACUUGACAAAGGAAUUGCUAAGCAACUCGGAAGUUAUUGCAGUAAAUCAAGACAAACUAGGAGUUCAAGGGAAGAAGGUGAAAAGUAAUGGUGAUUUGGAGAUUUGGGCAGGUCCUCUCAGUGAUAACAAGCUAGCAGUCGUACUGUGGAAUAGGAGUUCAUCGAAAGCAACAGUAACUGCAUCUUGGUCUGAUCUAGGUCUGAAACCAGGAACUUCAGUUGAUGCAAGAGAUUUAUGGAUGCAUUCAACGCAAUCAUCAGUUUCGGGAAGCAUAUCAGCAGAAUUAGAUUCACAUGCUUGUAAGAUGUAUAUCUUGACUCUCAACUAA